CAAUAGACAACAGCUGACUGUGACAGCUGACAGCUGUGACGGCUGUGUUGACAUAAUUUUUGUCACCCAUUAUUUAUUUAUUAAAAAUGUGUUUAGUUAUAAACAAUCGUUAUUUAUUACCAACAUCGCUAAGUAGGUUUAGGCCUGAAUAAAUUUUCGCAAUAACAAAUCGACAAUACGCCUUUGUAAUAUAGAAUGUGCGAGAAUGGUGCCGAAUAUGUUGAUACGGUUGAUCCCAGGGUACAAAUCGAAUUGGAACGGUUAAACAAUGCCACAGACGAAAUCAAUAAAUUGGAAGUUGAGUUGGACGAAUGUCGAGCCGCUUUCAGGUUGUUACUAUGUGAGAGCACGGCGAAAGUGGAUACGCUGAGAUUAAAAUUGGGUUUGUGCGUGGAACGGGCGAAGCCUUAUUACGAAGCACGCUUUUGUGCGAAUGAAGCCUUAAAGCAGACACAAAUCGCUGCUAUGCGGUACGAACGAGCCAAUAGUGCGCAUAGUGCCGCUCGUGAAAUGGUCUACUUAGCUGAGCAAGGGUUAGGUGGUAGAACUUUAGAUCCGGCAUGGCAGGAAAUGCUAAAUCACGCUACGCAAAGGGUUAACGAUGCCGAAAGAGAACGCGCACUUGCCGGCCAGGAGCAUAGAAUUGCGUAUGUUAAGCACGAGGCGGCAAAUGCAAAGGUGCAAAGCUUGCAAAAGGAAUUAAAACGUGCCAUUGCUAAAAGCAGUUUAUCCAUUCGACGUUCGUUUAUGCUUAUGAGUAGUUUAGCCUACAGACAUGAUUUAAUUUUUUUACCGUACUUUGAAAUGAAAGCUCAAUUUAACCAAAUGCUGGAACAUCAAAAAAUGAAGGUUGAACAUUUAGAUUCACUAGUAUCUUCUUCGAAACUGACUUACGCGGACGCUCUUCGGAAUUUAGAACAAAUAUCUGACGAGAUACACAAAUCACGAAAUAAAUCAAACGCGAUUCUAAAUUCGACAAAAGCGAUGACGAAUCACCAUCAGGCGAAUCAGAUUUCCGAAAGCAACCACUUCGCAGACGAAUACAAAAGUCUUCCUAGCAAAUUAAAUCAUAUUCUAUCGCCAAUAAGCAAUAAAAUGGAAGACGUAGAAGGUUACAAAAGCUUAAAUUUAGGAAAUGGCUCUUCGUCCAUGUCGCCCAUAUCACAAAGCGAAAAAUCCGAUUGCGAAGUUCACAAUAGUCGCUCCAACGAAUGGACCGAGAUUAAUCUCGACGUGUCAAGUCCGGAGGAAGAUUUACCGUAUAAAAGGUUGGAUGUGGACAAUGAAGACGAUAAACCGAAGUUGGUGAGGCAGAAGACUUUGCCAAAUCCGAAGAUUGAGCACGAAUUUAGUUCGAUACGGUCGAAAAUGAAGUUGGACUCGUCCAUAUCUAAUUGGAUAACGAGAUCAUCGGCGAAAAACGAUGCAGAUUGUCUCAAUUCUAGUCGACGUCAAAGUUUGGACAAUAUUUUAGGCCCAACCGGCGAAAAGGUAAAGGAGAUCUUUUCACAAGGAAUGAUGAUGCUUAAUAUUAGCUCGCUAACCGAGAGGCGCAAUAGUGAGCCAAAACUCGGUAUUACCGAAGAUAAAGGUAAGGUCGGUUCAAAAAAGUUACCCAGCCCCUUAGAACGAACUGCUAAUUACCUAACAGCGGAAGACGACUCCUCUGACACAGAAAGUUUGGCAAGCGUCGACAUGCUGAAUGAGGAUCAAAUAAAUUCUCUUAUGCUGGAUAAGGAUUUAGUUUGCGAGCAAGUGUUGGGAACAAAUAUCUUAGAAAUUGUUCCUUUACCUUGCACUUCUAGUCAGCGCUAAAUUGCUCUUCCUCUACCGAAAGUAUUGUUUCUUUAGGUCUAUGUACAGGGUGAUAAAUCCAUACACUUACAGAAAGUAGUGCCCUGCAUUCUAUUUUUUUGCCUUCUGCAGUAUUCUUUGCUUGAGCUUUAAGUACACAUUUGGAGUUUUAUGUUUUAAUACAAUUCCAAAAGGGUGAUAUUAAUUUUAAUUCUGUGGCAAUUUGUUUUUAUGUUUAAGGAAAACAAGGGUAAAGUUCUAUUCAACUUUUUGACUGAAAAUUUUAGGCCAAUAUUACAUGAACAUGACAUUUUGAAAAUUGUUUACAACGCAAUGUAUUAUAUUAGGCUUUUUUUAUUAAGUGGCGGAAAUUUCACUCAAGACUGUUCUGUCAACCCAACCCAAUUUACACAAAAACCAUCGUAAUCAUAGCCGUAGCUGGGCAUCUACUGCACUAGGUCAAGCUGGUUGACAGAUAACUACAAUUACUGCAGUUUGUAGUUUUGGUACUCGUGCACUGUGAACGCUGUGAACAAUCUAGUCUUCAUUUAAUCUGUGCGGUUCAAAUGAAGUAAUUUGAUAGGAAACCUAACUUGAAAUGGGUAAUUGCGCUUGUUAAAAAAAAUGUCAUGUUUUUGGGCACCUCCAUACAGUAUGAUCUAGCGCUAACAAAGCCUUAAUUGAUUUUAGUGUGAGCGUAUUUCAUCAAAUAAAUAGUCAAAGUUAUGAAAUAUGCUUUUGAGGCAUAGCGUAGCAUGCCAAGAUGUGAUAUACUAAGCUAUACUAUACGUGACUCGGAACAUACUGUAUGUUGAUAAUUUGUUAAAUUUCUAGUUUACUGUAUAGUCUAGUCAAAAAUAAUAACGGACAGGUUUGGAGAAUCUUUGCAGUUUUGCUCUUUUGUGUUUUACUACGCCACAUUUGCUGAGAUUCAAAUUAUAACAUACGGAGCGUAAAACAUAAUUUAAAACAUCUUCUGUGACUAGCAGAGAUAGCAGCUGCGCAAGCGCGGUUCUGUCCUUUUAUGUCUAAGUACAUACAGUAUGAUCUAGCGCAAACUAACUUUUAAUUGAUUUAUGGAUAGUGUAGGAGUAUCCUUCUGAUUUUAUGAUUCUUUCCCAAAAUUCCUACCACAAGAUGACAUACGUACCUAUAGCGAAAAAGAGAUUCGACUCCCAGCGCCAUUUGGGAUCUGGAAAUCCUUUAAACAUGAAAAUAACCCUCAGUUCAUUAGGCGAUAAUUAAAAAGCUUGGUGGAUAUUUUUGAAUUUUAACGUAUGCCCGCGAAGGUUUCUGAUUUAGUAAAACACUUCCCGAAAUUCCCACGGGAACGGAAAAAACGAGAUUUUACGUUUUACAGUUGAAACGAUGGCAGAUAUAGCCUUGACAUUUAGAAUGUCGGUUUCUUUAAAGGUGUAAGUACUUCGAAAGCAUCGCGGGAACGGGAAAAAAUAGAUACACGACAUCUCCGCGAUCCACUGUAAGAAAAUAGUACGAAAUAACAAUAGUGUUAAUACAUGAAGAGUUGUAUGGAAUUAUCAUAUAAAGGGUAUCCCAAAAAAGAACUGUGCUGACCACAUUUUGACGGUAGUGGAGCUGAAACUAUUGUCACCAUUCAUAGCAGCCAUUCUGAGAAGAAUCUCAAUUAGCUUCACCUCUUCAGCACAUCACGCUUUUGCUCUUUCGACCUUAUACCCAUAUCUCAUCAACUUCCAGAAUUUGAACGUGGGCAAACGCAUUAAAAUGACUUUUCACAUUGGAAAUCAAAAUCGGUAUCGCCGCGCAAAAACUCCCAUAAGAAUUGCAUUGCCCUUUGUUCCCUGAACUGUAAAGUCAGGUGCGACGGGCUAGGUGAACAUAUUUAUUUCUAUGGUAAUUAACUGUCAGGUACAUAGAUUGAACCGUAACAUAUAAGUUCAAACCUCUAACAAAGAUGUGGGUCAAAACUGUCUGACCUACAGGUAUGGCUCAUAACAUAGCCUGGGAAAAUAGAAUGUGUGGCUGUAGUCAAACAACCAUAAAAGAGCAUCAAUGCAAAAGUCCUCUUUUUGUUUUUUUUCCAAAACCAUUUGACUGGACUAAUAGUAUUAUCUACAGUGCAUAUUUAAGAAAGUUAGGUAUAUAUGAUGGGGCAUCUUGUGUCUGUAUAGAAAAUGAAAUUUGUUUUUUUCCGACACUUGCAUAUCACCUUUAUAUCCAAUAAAAUUAGAGCCCCCAACCACUUUCUAAUUUCCAACAUAUGUGGGACUCGAGUAUAGAUGUUACAAGUUUGUGGAUAUAAAGAAAACAUUCAGAUUAAUUUAUGUAAUUACAAAUAGCCCUUUUGCAAUAUGUUGCCUGUAAAGUUGCGUUCCAUUUUUACAUAGAUACUAUUUUUAUCUUUUAGCUCACAUGCUUUGGUGGUUUUGAACUAGGGAUUUGUCUUAAAACAUGCAUGUGGUGCCCCAUCUUGUAUAUACAACACUAUGCAAAUGAGGUUGUGGUAGUAGAUAAAUUGUAAAGAUUUGCCAGAUAGCAUAAUACAAAUUUAUAUCAUUAUAGUGGAGGGAAGUACAAAAUAGUGUAAUUUAUUUUAUUGAUAGAUGUGUAAGGGACUUAUUUGCGUGACUUCAUCGACAAAAUGUAAAUCAGACUCUACUAAACUAAAUGCUUUACCAAUGUAGUGUUUACCUAAACUUAAGCAAUACAACUGUAAACGCUAUACAUUUUUCUGUAGAUAAAGUUCAAAUUACCAAAGA